CUCAGACAUAGGGGUGAGAUCCAGACACCGCGCGGUAAUUAAUGACGCAGUGAGGGCUGAUUAAUCUUUAUAAACACGAGUAUGUUAAUGACGCGCGUCGGCUUCAGUAGAGGAGGAUGAGGAAGAGGCUUAGACUGAUGAAGAUGAGGGUGAUGAAGUUUGUCUCAGUCUGAACCGAACGAGUCGUCAUGAACAGCAUGAAGAGUCUGAUGAGCCGCGUGACGCCGGCCCUGAGCCGUGCAGUGCAUUCUGGGAAGCGUGCGUCGUCCUCGGCGGUGUCCAGAGCCGAACCUGCGGAUCCUGCGCUGACGUCAGAGGAGGUGUACGCUCGAGAGGAUCGAUACGGUGCUCAUAACUAUCACCCGCUGCCCGUGGCCCUGGAGCGAGGAGAGGGGGUUCACGUGUGGGACGUGGAGGGCCGCAGGUACUUUGACUUCCUGAGUGCGUACAGCGCUGUGAACCAGGGUCACUGUCACCCCAAGAUCAUCGAGGCACUGACCGCACAGGCCUCUCGGCUCACGCUCACCUCCAGAGCCUUCUACAACGACGUGCUGGGCGUCUACGAGCAGUACAUCACACGCCUGUUCGGAUACGAUAAAGUGCUGCCCAUGAACACAGGUGUGGAGGGCGGAGAGACGGCCUGUAAACUGGCCCGUAAGUGGGCGUACACGGUCAAGGGCGUCCCGAAAUAUGAGGCGAAGAUCGUGUUUGCAGCGGGGAAUUUCUGGGGCCGGACGAUGGCUGCCAUUUCCAGCUCGACGGACCCCAGCAGUUACGAGGGCUUCGGGCCGUUCAUGCCUGGAUUUGAGCUGGUCCCGUACAAUGACAUCGCUGCGCUAGAGAAAGCGCUACAGGAUCCAAACGUGGCGGCGUUCAUGGUGGAGCCCAUCCAGGGUGAAGCAGGUGUGGUAGUUCCUGAUCCCGGUUACCUCACGAAAGUCCGGGAGCUUUGUACCAAACACAAUGUUCUGUUCAUUGCUGAUGAGGUGCAGACCGGUCUGGCCCGCACUGGACGGCGUCUGGCUGUGGACCACGAGGCGGUGAGACCAGACCUGGUGAUUCUGGGUAAAGCUCUGUCAGGAGGAGUGUAUCCGGUCUCUGCUGUUCUGUGUGAUGAUGAGGUGAUGCUGACCAUCAAACCUGGAGAACACGGAUCCACGUAUGGAGGAAACCCUCUGGCCUGCCGCGUCGCCAUCGCUGCUCUGGAGGUUCUGGAGGAGGAGGGUCUGGCUCAGAAUGCGGAUCUGAUGGGUCAGAUUCUUCGCUCUGAGCUCAGGAAGCUUCCGCUGGAGAUCGUGAGCGGCGUCCGUGGGAAAGGCCUCCUGAACGCCAUCAUCAUCAAAGAGACCAAAGACUAUGACGCCUGGAGGGUGUGUCUGCGUCUCCGUGACAACGGCCUGCUGGCCAAGCCCACUCACGGUGACAUCAUCAGACUAGCCCCGCCCCUCAUUAUAAAGGAGGAUGAGGUCAGAGAGUGUGUGGACAUCAUCAGCAGAACCAUCCUGUCCUUCUAAACCACUGGAAUCCUCCUCAUCUGACUGAUCUCCCUCUAAUUCUUCUGCUUUAAUCCUGUUUAUCAUGAGCUGUUACAGACUUUCAGAGCAAUGCUUUAGUUUUUCAUUCUCAACUGAACUUGAGAUUCUUCAACAGUAGAUGACGGUCUGUUUUAGUUCUGCUGUUCUACUCCGUUUCUGUGACCUUUACAGUUUCUUUCCUCCAGAGGAAGGUGAAUGAAGGUCACUGUCAGUGUUUGAAAUCUUUAAAAGUCCCACAUUUCGCUGUGGACACUUGAAUUGAACGAGUUUUUCUCCCUGAUGAGAGAAUAGUGCACUUUAACGGCAGUCUUUAAUGAAGUCAAACAAAGACAUGAUCAAACUGAACUAUUCACAGCCACAUUCUGCUAGGUUUAUUAACAAUUUACAAAUGAAACAUUAGGAGAACCGCAUAAACAGAAACACUGUUUGGAGAACACUUGUUUGUGUGUUUAUUUCCUGUAGAGUGUUUAGUGAAUUUAUUUAAUGAAUGGAGUGUCAGCUGGCAAAUUAGAUGUUUUAUUUCUGUUCUUAAAUAAAUUUUCAGUCGGCUGAGA